GGGCUAUAACUUUGUUACUUUAAUUUUACCAGAAAAAUGGUAAAGGAAAAAAACAUUUCUUUUGAUCAGAUCUACUCACUGUUAAAAUAAAUGACUCAACUUCGAAGUCACCCUGUAUAUAUGAGAAAUUACUUACUUACUAGCUAUUGACAGUCACUAAAUAAUGAAAACAUAACAAAGAAGAGCAUGCAAGUUUUUUGCUGAUUCGAUGAAAUGGUCGCUGAUGUUCAUUUAACCUUAAUGUGCGACGAUGAUAUAUUGGGUGGACCUGGCGACAUGGUUCAAAUCGACGAAUCGAAGAAGGGCUUCUAAGAUUGGCAAUAGCGCAUACUUCAGCUACUGGUACGAAUACCUGCCACGCAGUUGUACAACCAAAUUGGUCAUCAUGCAGAGUCAAAAGAAGGCCAUAGUUACUGCUGGAGGUUUGAUUGAUAUCAAUUUAGCUACAAGUUUAACUACUGUGAAGACUAUGGUUUCAUACUGCAUGUUCUUGAGGACAAUGGGUGCUGAGUGAAGAAAAUUAUUGUUAUAUCUAAAAAGUUGAAGACAUUUAAGCUUCGUGAAAUUAUGAAGGUUGAUGUAUCACCUAAAACGUGUCCUGUGGUUUUCAUGCUGAUAAUCCGAUGUUUGUCUGGCCGCUAAAUGUAACAUAAGGUACAAAUGAUAUAUAUUGUCAUCAGUACUUGAAAAAGGUCACCGCCGUGUCAGUAAACUAAUUCAAACGUACAGGCUUAAGAAAAGUUAAUGACAAAAAUUGUAGCCAACAUAAGAAGAAUAUUUUUUUUACAGGAUGAUUCAUAAAUAACGUGGUGACCCACACAUACAUAUUUUUGAAAGGAAAGACCUACAUUUCAUUACAGAUAUAAGCAUAGGCUUCUCCAAACGAAGCAAUCUGAUAUACCUACUAUGGGGUUUUAUUUUCAAAUUGUUGAAAUAUUGGUCAAUCUCUCAAAAAAAAAACAUUCAAUUUUGACAACUCUCACCUCCGCAAGUAUUAUAACUAGAGAAUUUUUCGUUGGAAAAAAAUUAUGAUCCCAUAUUUCCUCCCGAACUACUUACUUUUCAAGGCUUUGGUUAGUUUAUAUAGGGUGGUAAAUAGCGCAAAAUCAACAAUUUCUCAAAACUUUCAUACUUCCUAAGUCACAUUUUCAUAAGCUUUUUCUGAUAUACGCUUCUGGUACAACUGUGUUUUGAAUUACUAAGAACCCAGGCACACCUCUUCAAAUUUCCGACAUGGCAUAAUACAAGUUUUAACCAUCGACUGCUACUAACUGAAUGCUACUUUUAUUUUGAAAGGUGUUGUAAUAUUUUUCAUUUACCUUGAUAUCUGAUUUACAAAGGGUUAACUGUAAUUCAAAAACUAUUCUUACAAACCCCGAUAAGCCUUAUAUCGAAAAAAAGCUUGUGGAAAGAAGGAUCGAAAGGUGCGAAAAUAAAAAUUUUGAGCAAUCGUUCGUUCUGCGUCUUGACCACCCUGUGUAGUCUAUCAAAAAAUCUGGAACAGUAAGUAUACAAGAAGGAAAUUUGCAAGAUUGCAAAUUAUCUCUAAAUUAUUCAGAAAUAAGACCCUAUAUCGUCUGGAAGUGCCUAACCAAAUUUGCAAAAUGUAUGUUUGGGUAAGCACGUACUUAUGUAUUAGCCAUGUAAGGAACAUACUGUAGGCUACAAUUUUUGUAAUUAACUUUUUUAGAUACCAAGCUGUGUAAUGAUGUUAUCGACCAAGCACGCAUUAAAAACUCACCCUGUAUGUGGUUUCAUUUAGCGGCCAGACAGACAUGGAGGGUUCAGAGGUUUUAUCCGAUUUGACAUCACAGAUAUCAUUUAGUCCCUUUAUA